AUGGUAGCAGUCAGUGUCCUGGUCAUCCCUUGGUCCUCCUCCUGGUUGGACGUCCCUGGAACCCCUCAGAGGGAGGCGUCCAGGAGACAUCAGAUAAAGAUAUCUGAUCCUCCUCAGCUGACUCCUCUGGAGGAGAAGCAGCUCUACUCUGAUCCCCUCCCUGAUGACCAAGCUCCUCACCCUCUCUCUAAGGGAGAGCCCAGCCUCCCUGCAGAGCAAUUUUGGAGAUUUGGAAAGUGGGUGGAUGUUGUAAUCGAUGACAAACUGCCAACUAUUAAUGGAAGACCAAUCUUUGUUCAGUCAAAGAAACAGAAUGAGUUCUGGCCCUCCCUCCUUGAGAAAGCAUAUGCCAAGGUUUGUGGCUCCUAUGCUGACAUGAAUGCUGGAACUCUUGCCGAGGCUAUGGUGGACUUCACUGGAGGUGUCCAUAUGUGUAUCCAGCUGUCCGAUCCUCCUUCAGACCUGUGGGAGUCAAUGUCUAGGGCUGGACGCUUUGGUGCUUUGAUGGGCUGUAGUACACCAAAAGGGGAGUCCUCCUCUCUCAGCUUAUGCCCCAACGGGCUGGUUCAGGGCCACGCUUACACGGUGACGGGUGUCAUACAGGUGAUGAGCAGGGGGAAACCUGUGAAAAUAGUGCGUCUGUGGAAUCCCUGGGGAAAGGGGGAGUGGAACGGAGAUUGGAGUGAUCAGUCUUCAAUAUGGAAAACUGUGAGCCCCCAAGACCGGGAAAACUGCCUUUCAGUGGCUGAAGAUGGGGAGUUUUGGAUGACACUGGAGGAUCUCUGUGAAUUCUACACAGAGCUGGACCUGUGCGGUCUGAAUCCAGACUUCCUGGAUGAAGAUUCCUCUGGCCUCUGGAGGAGCUCUAUAGCUGAGGGUCGGUGGGUCGCAGGAACAACAGCUGGAGGUUGCAUGAAUAAUAGAGAGACCUUCUGGACCAAUCCACAGUUCCGAAUCAAGGUGUGGAAAGAAAUUUCAACCAGAACUGCUGCGAAAAACAUACUGGUGUCUCUCAUGCAGAAACCUGACAAGAGAAACAGACACUUGGUGCAAAACUUCCACAUUGGGUUCACGGUUUUUGAGGUGAAGGAAAAGGAUCAGCCCCACAAAGGAAAAUUUCCAGCUUCCUUCUUCAGCGCCCAAAAACCUGCUGCCCAAACUAAAACCUUCAUUAACGCGCGUGAAGUGAUGGAGUUCCUCACUCUGAUGCCUGGGGAAUACGUGAUCGUGCCGUCCACCUUCAAUCCCAAUGAGACAUCUUCAUUCAUCCUGACCAUUCACUGCAGGACAGAGACCCUCUGCUAUGAAAACUCUGGUGAGAUCUUAUCUAAACCAUCUGAGAAAACGAUGAAGCUGGAGAUCAGGCAGCUGGAUGAAAAAAAACAAGUUCUGUUUCGCCAAUAUUCAGACAAGUAUGAAGAAGUGGAUGCUGAGCAGGUCCAGAGGAUUUUAAAUGAGAAGCUUCUGAAAGAAGACCUGAUAUCUGAAGGCUUCAGCAUCGACGCAUGCAGGAGCAUGGUGGCUCUCAUGGAUACCUCCAUCACAGGAAAACUUAACAGUGAGGAGUUUAUCCGACUCUGGAACAAAGUCAUCACUUACAAGGACAUUUUUUUUCAAACUGAUGUUUCUCGGACUGGAACCCUGUCACUCAGUGAGCUGAGGAAUGCCUUGGGAGCUUCAGGACUGAGGCUCUCAGAUGAUAUGCUGAACCUGAUGGCUCUGCGUUACGGCGCCUCCUCUGGUCACAUGACUCUGGAGAGCUUCAUCAGCCUUAUCCUCCGCCUUGAAUGCAUGUUUAAAAUCUUCAGGCAGCUGUCUGAUGGGAAAACAAUCACUCUGCAGGAAUCAGAGUGGAUCUAUGUUUCCAUGUACACAUGAAGAAUCCAAAGCUCCUCUAAAUGACAGGAAGAAGAAGAGUCACUGAAAUACUUUCCCC